AUGGGUAUCUACAGUAGUUCAGGACCGUCAUGGGAUACUGCCUGCCGCCGUGUCCAAGGUAUCUUGAGCCAGUACGGGAUAUCCGACGUUGACAUUCUUUUCCGAGAAGACCAGAUCCACCGGCUCGCUACUGAUUCUUUGAUACCCAAGGAUGUCAUUAACAGCAAUGUCCAUCCCGGAAUCAGCAUCGGCAUUCACAGAGGUUGUGCGGGGUCCUUCACACUCGGUGGACGUGUACAGCUUCGGUUCCAAUGGACCGGAUGGAAACAGUUUGCACUCACAUGCUUUCACGCUGCGUAUCCAACAGGCCACGACCCUAAGCCAACCGAGUCUGAGGCUGAAGCAUAG